UUAGUAUUAAGUCACACAUGAGUGAAGUGAAAGAGCAACUAAUAGCACAACAGUGGUUUGUUUAGUAUUGUGCGACUUGUCUUUUAAAAUUGGCAUUAAAUAAACUAUUAAAUAAAUUAUGCCGAAGGUUGUGUCAAGGAGCAUUAUAUGCUCUGAUACAAAAGAUCAGGAAGAAUAUAGUGAGGAAAAGCCAUUGCAUAUAUAUUAUUGUUUGUGUGGACAGAUGACACUUAUUUUAGAUUGUGCCAUUGAAAAGUUACCGCUAAGAAAGAAGGAUGGAGCAAGAGUUAUUGAUGGCAGUAAACAUGCCCAUAAAAUGACCUCAGAGCGAGACGAACUUGUGUUUCUUAAGCGUCUAGAAGGAAUCGAAAAGCAAUAUAGACAGAAGUGUAAAAAAUGUGGCUUGUUGCUGUAUUACAAGCAUGAUCCAGCAGCAAAUAUAGUAUUUAUAGUUAAAGGUUCUGUGAUAAAAAGUUCUGGAGAAGGUCCUAUGACAGAUAUUUAUAAUCAAGUGGCUAUUGAGAAGCCUAAAAAGAUAAUGGUGACAAAACAUACUAAGAACAUGGGAAAGUUCAGUUCAGUCACUGUAUCUACAAUUGAUGAGGAAGAAGAUGAAAUUGAAGCUAGAGAAGUUGCUGACUCAUAUGCAAACAAUGCACGCAUCAUAGAAAAACAAUUGGAGAGAAAAGGCAUGAAUAAACGGAAAACUAUGCCAUCCUCUGAAACUGAUUCAAAACGUGCAAGACCAAGGGGGACAUUGUUGGAUGUUUAAUUUUCUAUUGAUAUUGGAUAUAAUUGUUGUACGUUAACUUAAUAUAUAUUUACUUAAGUAAAUAAAGAAUUAUUUCUCUUUUGUAUA